AGAGAGAGAGAGAGGGUGAGAGCUUUCCAUUGUCUUUUGCCACAGCUCAACUUUGGUCCUGAAGACACGUCAGCUUCAACAGCUCGCCGGCGGCGCCAUGUCGUCCAACAUUCGCGUGUCGCUGGACAACCCGUACGGUCAAGUGACCAUCCCCCGCGCCCAUCUGCGCACGUCGACCGACGGCGCCACGGUGAUUGCCAACCCGGCGGCGCUCAACGGAAACGACCUCAACCCCUACGUGGCCCCGCCGGCGUAUUUGGUGAAGGAAGCGGACGAGGCCGGCGCCGGCGGGCGCUGUGCCUGCUGCUACCGCUGCAGGAGGAGGAAGUGAUGUCACUGCGCCGCGACUGAUUGGCCCCGUGGAUGGACGAUGUCGUCGACUGAAGAGAUGUGAAACGGCCGCAGCUUUGUUAGGGUGACCUACCUGCUAGUAGCUAGCUGCAAACGACUACACGCUAACGGCUGGCCACUAACGACCAGUUGCAUCCCU